UUCAUAACCGGAAGUCGGAGCGAAAGCGGCUUUUAUGAGUUUUAUCGUUUUUAGUACGAGUAUUCCUUUGAAUUGUGAAAUAAUAAGUUACUGUUCUUCAUGAGUUUUGCUAAGUUUUAUUUUGCACUUGGGUUAUUAAUGGGAGAUCCGUUGUAAAUCGUAAAUUAAACUCUUGCCAAGUUUUUAAAUUGAUUAUAUUGUUGUGAAUCCUUGAAUGUGAGUUCAGCUACCGAAACCGGAACCCGCACGCCAAGUUCUUCAAUCUCAGCAUUCCUCUGGUCUUUUUUUAUCAUGGCGCAGGCCGACGACGUGGUCUGGAGUAUUCUCAACAAGCAGUUUUGUUCGUUUAAAGUGACGACAAAAACGCAGAAGUUCUGCCGGAAUGAGUACAACGUGACGGGAUUAUGUUGCCAGACUGCGUGCCCGCUCGCCAAUAGUCAGUACGCCACGGUUCGCGAAGAGGAAGGCAUCAUCUAUCUCUUUGUGAAAACCGCAGAACGUUCACAUUUCCCGUCCAAAACCUGGGAGAAAAUUAAGUUAUCGAAAAGCUACGAAAAAGCCUUAAAGCAAAUCAACGAGCAUUUAAUCUACUGGCCGAAAUGGAUGCGGCACAAGUGCCGGCAGCGUCUGACCAAAAUCACCCAGUACCUGAUCACCAUGCGCAAACUGGUCCUGAAACGUCAGAAGAAACUCGUCCCCAUUCAGAAGAAACACGAGCGCCGGGAAGAGCGGCGCGAAGAGAAAGCCCUCCGUGCUGCCAAUCUGGAGAAGAACAUCGAGAAGGAACUGCUGGAGCGGCUCAAACAGGGCACCUACGGGGACAUCUACAAUUUCCCCCAGAAAGUUUUCGAUAAGGCACUGGGUGAUUUGGAAGAGGUGGACGGGGAUGAAGAGCAGGAUAUGGAGGAAGAGGAGGACGAUGAGGAUGUGGGGAAUGUGCAGUAUGUGGAGGAUUUCGACGAGAGUGAUGCGGAGAUGGAGGAUUAUGAAAUGGAUGAUGCGGAAGAAGAGGAAGAGGAGGAGGAAGAAGAAGAGAGGGAAACGGAGGUCGUGACGCCGCUGUUCAGGAAAAAACGGGCCCGGGUGGAGAUUGAGUACGAGACCGAGCCGUCUACCAGUCGAACAAAGCAGAAAAAUUGAAAUGGUUUAUGAAUGUAUUGAUAUGUUUAUCACUGGAAACAUUUUUAAAAAAUUGGCAGUUUGAAUAAGCAGAUGCGGAGGUGAAGCAAAUAAAAAUGUUGUUGUUG